AAGCAGGUUCAGCCUUACCCUCUUCUCCCAUCCUCCAUAUAAAGCCAUCACAUUCACAUACUCCAACACUCUCUCUCUCUCUCUUUCUCUCUCUACUCUGACCCCAAUUUCUGUGGCGGCUCUCUCUCUACUUAUUCUCCUGAGGUUGAGAUUUGGAUUUGGAUCCAUCUUCCUCUCAUUCUCUUUCUCUUUGAUUCGAUCUUCUCUUUUUUCUUCUUCUUCUUUUCGUUCGUUGGGUUGAGGUAUUCAACUUCAACUUCAACAACAGCCAUGGCAGCCCAACAAACUCAGACUCAGCUUCAGCCACAACAGCCCACACCCUCUUCGCAAGAUGAGGCCUUGAAGAGGAACACCGAUUGUGUUUACUUCCUUGCAUCUCCCUUGACAUGCAAAAAGGGGAUUGAAUGUGAGUACCGCCAUAGCGAGUAUGCACGUGUUAAUCCUAGGGAUUGUCGGUACUGGUUGAAUGGCAAUUGCUUGAAUCCCAAAUGUCCAUUUCGUCAUCCGCCUCUUGAUGGCUUGUUAGGAACACAGGCAGCAACGGCUGGUGGGCCAUCUGGGCCAUCUGUACCCCCAUCACAGAUUCCAACAGCAUCUGCAACACAUGUACCUUAUAAUCCCAGUAAACAAGCCGUCCCUUGCAUUUUCUUCCAAAAGGGGCUUUGCUUAAAAGGUGACAGAUGUGCCUUCUUGCAUGGACCUCCUACUCCUAACACUGGCAAUAAAGUAGCUGCUCAGGUUCCAGUGACUAGCCAAGGGGCUGAGAAUCCUAGUUUUAAGAAGCCUUUUGGCAGCAUUGAAAAGCACACUCAGGAAAGGAAAAAUUCCCUAGGAAAUGUUGUGAAGUCAGGUGGAGCUCCUGAAGCUAAACUUGCUCCAAAAGUUGAGAUUGCUCCUCAAAGAAAUAUGUUUGAGUUGGAGAAGAAAGUGCCACCACCAUCUGCGGGAUUUGAUAAUGAGGCUUCUAGAUUUAAGACAGGUUCUCCACCAGUGACCAAUGGCCCUAUUGUAACUCGGUCAAACCGCCUGCAUCAAGCUCGUGUACCAGAUGAUCACAAUUUCCACAGUGGUAAGGACAGUGAUGAGUUUCUCAGAGAAUCAUCUCCUGGGUUUGAUGUUCUUGUAGCUGAUGAACUUAGGAAUUCUGAUUACUACCAUGGGGAAGAUGAAUUUGGUAAAGCAAGAGGUCAAGAUGAAAGGAACUUAGACUCUUUGAAUGAAUAUGAUUUAGGACAUUCUGGUGAUUAUAGUUUAGCAGCUGAUAUUGAUCGUGAAAGAUUCCGUGGGCCCCAAGGUUAUGAGUCAUAUGAUCACAUGCAGGAGCCAUAUAUUUGGGAGCAGCACAGAAAGGCUUCCACCCAUUUAGACAGAAGGUCUCGCCGCAGAUCUGACAGCCCUGAAAAUGUCGAGGUCUCAGAUCUCCGACAUCAUUUAUCCAAGCGUAGGAAGGGCAAUGGUUUGAAGUCUGUUGUCAGUCAUGAUUAUGCCCUUGAGGGCCGUGGUGAGGAACAAAGUCAAAGGUCCUUGUCUAGGAAGGAUUCACUCCAGUUACCUCUGAAUGAGAGCUCCCUUGGUAACCGCUUUCGAGGUAGAAUAAAACUUCCAUCAGAUGGGGGUGAUGAUCAGCUAGACAGGGAGGACAGAGGAAGAUUUAGGGGCAGAUUGUCAUCUGGAAGGUUACAGGUCACUCACCAGGGAAGGAUCCAUGACAGAAUGAGAGGAAGGUUGCAAGAUGAUGAAAGGAGAAUCUCCAAGGAUCGAUUAGUGGGGAGAGAACUAAUGGGUGAUAGGAGUGAUUUUGCUGGGCCAAAAAGUCUUGCUGAACUUAAAAAUGGGAGGAACACUGAGAAUAAGGAUCAACAAUCACUGGGAAGGAGAAGAAGUUUAAGGGAUCAGCCACAAUCUGAAGAUUUUGAUCAGUUUGAAGGUCCAAAGCCUCUCAGUGAAAUUCUGAAGGAGAAGAGAGGAGCUGGAGCUGGUGCAGCCUCCAGGAAUGGUAAUUCAUCUGACAAUAAGAAUGAAGAAGUUACCAAUGGCUCAGAUCCUAUGCCUGUCACAAACACACAAAAUGGAGUGCUGUCUGAGACCAAGGAAGAUGUCAACAAUCAUCUGCUAAACAAUGAAGAAACCAAGCUUGAUGUCACUGAUGCUGCUGGAGGAGACACUGAUGCAACUCAUGGUCAAUCAUACGGGGAUCGACAGUACGAUGAAGCUGCCGAGGAUCAGGAUUAUGUAGGUGAUGAUCUGAGAGAUGUGGACUAUGAGUUUGAACAAGGUGAUGAGUAUUAUGAGUAUGAAGGUGAUGAGGGUGAAAAUCCAGAAUACAUGGAUGAAGAUGAGGAUGCCGAUGAAUUUGCUAAGAAGAUUGGUGUCAUUCAUUCGUGAUUAUGGAAAAUCUAAGAAACAAGGGAACAUGUCCAACUCUUGUGAUCAAAUCAAAAAUAGCUCUGACUGGACAGCAUUUCUACUUAAAAAUUGCUUGUAGAACUCAGAACUGCACAAUCAUUAUCAAUUUGUUUUCUUGUAUUAAUUAGUCUUUUUUUAUUACUAUUUUACUGUAUUUUCAUCAAAUUUAAUGGAUAUUUUUAUGUGAUCAGUGGGGCAUUUUGCUGUGCUCUCCGCAUAUAUAAAUUUCAUGCAGAGUGCAGGCCUUUUAACCUUAGAAAUUUAAUAAUAUUUGCAUUCACUUUAUGAGUUUUGUAAUA